AUGGCGCACCCAACAGCCGCGGCACAACUGGCCUUGGGCACGGCGACCGAGUCCGAGGCGACGGCGACCCCUCCUCCCGAGCAGCUUCACAUUGACGAAAUCAACCGCGAUGGAAGAAACAUUGGUGUCGUGCGAGACGAGAACAGGAACAUUGUCUACCCGUCCUUUGUACCACCCGAGAUCGACUCGCCGAAUGCUCGAUCACCCCAGUCCACAACCGCGCCUACAGUUCCCAAAAUACCACCAAAGCAUGAACGGGCUACAAAGACCGAGUCGGCCCCAAAUGGCCCUGGCCAUCUCGAGGUUCCCGGCACGUCGAACCCUCAGGAGCGCCCUCCCAUAGACAAGAAGUGGAGGACCGAGGCGCCUGAACGAAAAGCUGGCCAGAGCGGCGCGGCGCGGCGGAAUAUUCCCAAGCGAUCCGGAACCUCAUACCUCGAUAGGGCACUCUGGGAGGCUGACAGGGGAGAUUCGAGUUCGAGCUCAAGCUCCAGCGACUCCUCCGAUGACGAGAAUGCCCAAGACACCAAGACUCCGGCCGAGAGGAAGAGGGCACAAGAUAAAGCCAAUGCGAGGCGGCAAAGAGAGAUUGCAGAGCGCUACCGCCGCUUCCACGUCGGCAACGACAACUACAACACCAAGGGCAAGGUGAAGAAGGACGGCCGUCUGCGCAUCUCGGUCAAGGAGACGGCCAAUACCGGCUACUUGGCCAAGGCGUUGGGGCAGGCCGUCAAGAAGGUGGUGCCGGUGCCCGAAGGCGAGGAGCAGGGCGAGGAUGCGCAGCGACCGCCCGUGUCACGCCUCUCCUCCGCUACCACGGCCACUGCCGACCGCGAACCGAAGCCGCGCCUGAAUAUUGUCAUCAUGGUCAUUGGCUCCCGUGGUGACGCGCAGCCGUUCCUCAAGAUAGGCAAGAUUUUGAAGGAAGACUAUGGGCAUCGCGUCCGUAUUGCGACGCACCCCGCCUUUCGCGAGUUCGUCGAAAAGGACUCUGGUCUGGAGUUCUUCUCGGUCGGCGGCGACCCCUCCGAGCUGAUGGCCUUCAUGGUCAAGAAUCCGGGCAUGAUUCCGACUCUGGAUGCUGUCAAGGCUGGAGACAUUGGACGACGACGAUCGGCCAUGGCGGAAAUGUUCGACGGCUUCUGGAGAGCUUGCAUCAAUGCCACCGAUGAUGAGAAGGAUGUCCACAACCUUAAGAUGAUGGGUGAGAAGGAUCCCUUCAUCGCCGACGCCAUUAUUGCCAACCCUCCAAGCUUCGCCCACAUUCACUGUGCAGAAGCCCUCGGGAUCCCCUUGCAUCUCAUGUUUACGUUUCCCUACACUCCGACGCAGGCUUUCCCUCACCCCCUGGCCAGCAUCAAGAAAUCAAACGUGGACCCCGGGUACACCAACUUCAUCUCAUACCCCCUGGUCGAGAUGAUGGUUUGGCAGGGUCUGGGCGAUUUGGUCAAUGACUUCCGCGUCAAGACCCUUGGACUGGACGCCGUCUCAACGCUCUGGGCUCCUGGUGCGACCUAUCGUCUGCACGUGCCCUUUACCUACCUCUGGAGUCCUGGUCUCGUCCCUAAGCCUCAAGAUUGGGGCGAAGAAAUCGACGUCUCUGGAUUCGUCUUCCUCGAUCUGGCUUCGACGUUUGAUCCACCCAGCGACUUGGAGAAGUUCCUGGAUGCUGGGGAGCCGCCUAUCUACAUUGGUUUCGGCUCGAUUGUCGUCGAUGAUGCGGAUCGUUUUACUCAGAUGAUCUUUGAGGCUGUUGAACUUGCCGGAGUCCGCGCACUCGUCUCGAAGGGUUGGGGUGGCUUGGGAGGUGACGAAAUGGAUGUUCCCGAUAAUAUCUUCAUGCUGGAGAACACGCCCCACGACUGGCUUUUCCCCCGAGUCAAGGCAUGCGUCAUCCACGGCGGAGCCGGAACCACCGCAAUUGCUCUCAAGUGCGGUCUGCCGACCAUGAUUGUGCCGUUCUUCGGCGACCAGCAUUUCUGGGGAAGUAUCCUCGCAACGAGUAAAGCCGGACCCGAGGCCGUGCCCUACAAGCAACUCGACGCAGAGAAGCUCGCCGAGGGCAUCAAGUACUGCCUCACAGACGAGGCAAAAGAAGCGGCCGCCAAGGUCGCCAAAGACAUUGAAUUGGAAGGCGAUGGCGCCAAGAAUGCAGUGCGGUCAUUCCACCACCACCUGACUCUGGGAGGCAUGAACUCGAUGCGCUGCUCUAUUCUGCGCGAUCGCCCGGCAGUCUGGACGCUAAAGAAUACCAAUGUCAAACUGAGUGCCCUCGCCGCCGACAUCAUUGUCGAGGAAGGACAACUUUCGUGGAAGAAGCUCAGAUUGCUGCGGCACACGGAAUGGAACGAUUUCGAGGGCCCUGGAGAGCCGGUGACUGGUAUCGCAGGCUCUCUCGCCGGGACGAUGGGCAACGUCUUUGGUGGUAUCGGCAGUGUUCCUUACAGAAUUGCCAAGACGUCACACAAGCGCAAGGAGAAGAAGGACAAGAAGAAGAAGUUGAGGGCCCUCCGAGACAAGCGCACGAGUGCCAAGGAACGCAAGGCCGCGGCCAACAGCAAUGGCGCGCUACAACCGCAGGAGGGCGACGAAGACAAUACCAAGAAGGAGGGGGAUAAGGCGAAAGUAAAGGGCGGAGAUGACAGCAAAUCGCAUAAGAAAGAAGACGAGGGCAAAGCCAAGGAGGGAGAUGAAGAGAAAGAUGGGAAGCAAGACAACAAGAAGGGAGAGCAAUCCCAAGCCAUUGGAAACGCUUCUUCUGCCAGACCUGGUGCGCAAGAACGGCGCGAUACCAUGUCAUCGAUCGAUACUGGAACUACCGUCGACGACGCCGUUGGAGACUACGCCAAUGAGGUCGGUGAGGGCGUUGGCAAAUCGGCACAAGCCCUGGCCAGGGCACCGGUAGACCUAUCCAUGGCCAUCGCUCAAGGAUUCCACAACGCUCCUCGGCUGUAUGGCGACGAUACUGUUCGACGACCGCCGCGUGUAACCGGCAUCAGCUCUGGGUUGAAGGCGGCCGGCAAGGAAUUCGCGUACGGCAUCUACGACGGCACGACCGGCCUCGUUCGACUACCCGUCCGGGGUGCCAAGAAGGAGGGCGUCAAGGGCUUCGUCAAGGGAACA